GUUUUUUUCAUAAGACGACAUUCUCCUUCCUCCUUCAAGAGCUUCGUUUCCAAGCUUUUGAAGUCGUCGUCUCUUGCGUUUUCUCACAAGUCAAAGCUGAGUACGACGUUAACGACGAGUCUUCUCGCCGGCGACCGCCGUUUACGGCGGAAUUUCGUUAAUUAUGUCCCGCGUUUCCGCCACCUCCACCACUCCUUCUCGAGUGAGAGCCGCCAAUUCGCACUACUCAGUCAUUUCUAGACCUAGAGCCCAAGACGAUAACGGUAAACCGAAAUCCUCCGGUCACGAUCCCGGUAAGAACCGGCGGUCCAUUCUGCUUAAGAGAGCGAAAUCCGGCGAGGAGGAGACGGCGGUUUUGGCUCCUCAGAGAGCUCGGUCUGUGAAUCGUCCGGCGGUUGUUGAGCAAUUCGGUUGUCCGAGGCGGCCGAUUUCUAGGAAGAGCGAAGAGAUGGCGGCGGAGGAGGAUGAGAAGAGGAAGAAGAUGGAGGAGUUGGAGGAGAAGCUUGUGGCGAACGAAUCGCUGAUUAAGGAUUUGCAGGCGCAGGUUUCGAGUUUGAAAGCGGAGCUAGAGGAAGCUCGAAGCUCAAAUGCAGAGCUAGAAUUGAAGAACAGGAAGCUUUCUCAGGAUCUUGUUUCAGCUGAAGCUAAGAUCUCAUCUCUUUCCUCUAACGACAAGCCAGCUAAAGAACACCAGAACACAAGAUUUAAAGAUAUCCAGAAGAUAAUCGCUAGCAAAUUGGAGCAAUCCAAGGUUAAAAAGGAGCUAGUGGUUGUAGAAUCAUCAAGCUCCAUUAUACAAAGAUCAUCUCCACAAUCUCCUUCACCUUCAAGAUCACUUCCAUCUCCACCACUUCCAAAGUUUUUGGUAUCUCCAGCUACCAGUUCAGGUAAAAGAGAUGAAGCUUCUUCUUCGCCUAUUGCACCACCAACACCACCGCCUCCGCCUCCACCACCACCACCUAGGCCACUCGCUAAAGCAGCUCGCGCUCAGAAGUCUCCUCCGGUUUCACAGCUGUAUCAUUUGUUGAAAAAGCAAGAUAAUAGUAGAGACCUUUCGCCGUCUGUUAAUGGGAAUAAGCCUCAAGUUAACAGUGCACACAACAGUAUAGUUGGAGAAAUUCAGAACCGUUCUGCUCACCUCAUCGCUAUAAAAGCCGACAUUGAGACAAAAGGGGAUUUUAUCAACGAUCUUAUCCAGAAAGUUCUGACCACUUGUUUCUCGGAUAUGGAAGAUGUCAUGAGAUUUGUGGAUUGGCUUGAUAGUGAACUGGCAACACUGGCUGAUGAGCGAGCUGUGCUUAAGCAUUUCAAGUGGCCUGAGAGGAAAGCCGAUGCUCUGCAAGAGGCUGCAGUUGAGUACCGCGAGCUAAAGAAACUGGAAAAAGAACUUUCUUCCUACUCCGAUGAUCCGAGCAUCCACUACGGUGUUGCCCUGAAGAAAAUGGUCAACUUACUAGACAAGUCGGAGCAGAGGAUAAGGAGGCUAGUCAGAUUACGCGCCUCAUCCAUGCGUUCUUACCAGGAUUUCAAAAUCCCUGUCGAGUGGAUGCUCGACUCGGGAAUGAUUAGUAAGAUCAAAAGAGCAUCGAUCAAGCUUGCUAAACUUUACAUGAAUAGAGUUGCGAACGAGCUAGAAUCAGUUCGUAACUUGGAUAGAGAGUCUACUCAAGAAGCCUUGCUUCUCCAAGGAGUCCGGUUCGCUUAUAGAACGCACCAGUUUGCGGGUGGACUCGAUCCAGAGACAUUAUGUGCAUUAGAAGAGAUAAAGCAACGUGUUCCGGGUCAUCUCCGUCUGGCACGGGGGAAUUUGGCCGGAGCUCCGUCGUAGAAAAGUAACCGGAGUAAAUGUGAGUAAUAUGGCCGUUGGUUUUGGUUAUAAAAAUUCGUUAUUUGCGUUAAUAGUGUUUGUUGAGUGAGUACAUGUUGUAGUAUCCCACGGCACGUAAGAAUAAUGUUAAAUGUAUCUAAAUGUCCCCUCUAAUGAAAUUACUCAAAGAAAUUUUUGAGCUAUAUGCUCAUACAGAAAUAAUACAUUUUCUC